AUGAAGUUCAUUACUUUGCUCGCUGGUAUGGCUAUGGCCGUCCCCGUUGUCUGGGCCGAACAGGCAGCAGCCGCCGGCAACGGUGUGGCCGUGGUAGGCCAGCAGGCAGAAGAGGCGGCCAAGUUGAACGGAGCCGAGAACGCUGUGGCUGAGGGCGAGCAGAAGAAAGAAGAGGAGGCCAACCAGCAGUUAAAUGGGGCCGAGAACGCAGAAGCUCAGCUCGAUGAACAGCAGAAGAAGGAAGAAGAAGCCAACCAGGAUGAGGCCAACCAGGAGGAGAACGCAGACGCCGAGCAGAACAACGAGCAAAACAACGAGCAAAACAACGAGCAAAACAACGAGCAAAACAACGAGCAAAACAACGAGCAAAACAACGAGCAGAACAACGAGCAGAACAAUGAAGAGGCCAACCAGAACGAGAACGAGAACGCAGCGGCUGAGGAGCUCGGCCAGCAAUUGGACAACUCGACUCUUGCUGUUAACGGAUCUGAUGUCGCCAACCAGCUUGGAAACGAGCUCGGCAACAUCAACCUUGACCCCAACAAUCUUGAGGGCAGCUUGGGCCAGAAUAUCGAGGAGCUAAUGCUCAACAUGGGCAUCUGCAACUUCGACAGCAGCAUCCUCUCCGGUCUCGGCGUCGGCCAGGAGGUGCAGCUCUUGCUCCAACUCCAGCAGCUGGCUCAGCUUCAGGCUCUCGGUCUCGUCAACUCGGUAUCCGUUCAGCAGUUGCUCCAGCAGGAGUUCCUCCUCGGAAAUUUCGGCCUCAACAUCUUCAGGCGCAAGAUCAACGAGGUCGUCAGAAAGAGUGCUGGCCGCAAGCGAAGCUACACUUUCGGCAAGCGACAGUGUGCUGCUGGCUCUGCUUAA